GAGAAAUCAUAGGAAAAAGUCACUAGGCAACCUCUCUCGCUCUCUGUUUAUUCCAUCUACUAAAAUAGCGAGAGAGAACCAAAAGAAGACAAAGAGGAGAGGGCGUAAAAGAGCAGACGGUGGCGCACCGUAGCACCGCCCCUCCUUAACUUGCGCCUUUCUUCUUCUUCCGAUUUCGGAAUUAUUCCUUUUCUCCUCUCUCAAGCCACUUCGAUCCCACGCCACACUUUCCCAUUUUGAUUCUUACUUCCAGUAUUGGAUUUGUCUACCGUCAGAUGCAUCAUUCACCUUUCUCUCUCUUUGCUGUGAAUUUUCAAAAACAUUUGCGAACGUCAAAGGAACCCUAGCCUCCAUCGCCGCCGCCCGGCGCAUCCGAUUUCAAAUCCAAGAAGAAGAAACGGAGAGGCUAGAUGCUCCGAAUCAUGCGAUUCUCCGGUUUAUUCUCCGUUCUAUUGGCUAUCAUCGUCCUCUCUCCUUCUCUCCAAUCCUUUCCCCCAGCGGAAGCUAUCAGAUCCUCCCACCUCCGAUUCCCAACCUCGCCGCAUAGAUUCUCCUUCAGGAAAGCCCCUCCGUUCCGCAAUGCCGCCGAUUGCGCCGCUAUCGACAUCGAUUCCGGCGUCUGCAACCCUUCGUUGGUCCACGUCGCGAUUACUCUCGAUUUCGAGUACCUCCGUGGCUCAAUCGCAGCCGUAAAUUCGAUCCUCCAGCACUCGUCGUGUCCCGAGAGCGUCUUCUUCCACUUCCUCGUCUCCGAGCCCGACCUAGAAUCCGUGGUACGCUCCACCUUCCCCGAAUUGAAAUUCAAGGUUUACUACUUCGAUCCGGAGAUCGUACGGACGCUAAUCUCCACCUCCGUGAGGCAAGCGCUCGAGCAGCCGUUGAAUUACGCUAGAAACUACCUCGCCGAUCUCUUGGAGCCUUGCGUGCGGCGCGUGAUCUACCUCGAUUCCGAUCUGAUCGUCGUCGACGACAUCGCCAAGCUCUGGAGGACGAGGCUGGGAUCGAAGACGAUCGGAGCUCCGGAGUACUGUCACGCGAACUUCACCAAGUACUUCACGCCGGCGUUCUGGUCUUCCGAGCGGUUCUCCGCCGCGGCGUUCGGAGGGAGAAGCCCGUGCUACUUCAACACGGGGGUGAUGGUGAUGGAUCUCGAGAGAUGGAGACGCGUGGGGUACACGGUGGCGAUAGAGAAGUGGAUGGAGGUUCAGAAGAGCGAUAGGAUUUACGAGCUGGGGUCUUUGCCUCCGUUCCUGCUGGUUUUCGCGGGGGAUGUAGCGCCGAUUGAGCAUCGGUGGAACCAGCAUGGUUUGGGUGGAGAUAACGUGAAGGGAAGCUGCAGAGAUCUUCAUCCCGGUCCGGUUAGCUUGUUGCAUUGGUCCGGGAGUGGUAAACCGUGGUUCCGGUUAGAUUCGAGACGGCCUUGUCCACUCGAUUCUCUUUGGGCACCUUAUGAUUUGUAUGGACACUCACGGUGAUCAUCAUCAUCAUCAUCAUCCUUGAUUCUCUGUUACAUAUGGGGUUGGUUUAUAGUCUCAGGUGGUAUAUGAAACUUUCAUUAAUUCUUUUCCUUCUUCUUUCUCCAAAUUCUGUGUGUUCUUCCUCUGUAUUCUAUUCGAUUGUGAUUGUUCGUCGUCUGUGGAUGAAAUAAAAACAUAGAAAUAGAUACAUUCAGAUUUGUUGAGGCAA